UCGUGAAAAUUAUAAGGGGUCACUUUACAAUGUUACAUGGGGAAUCUCUCUAAUCUCAUCGUUACAUCCCGUGGCAUAUGGUUUUCAAACCACGAUCUUCCCCACGCCCACCUUUCCCUUAACUCUCUAAUUACAGCAAUAACUCGAGUGGGUUCUCUACGACCUUCUUGAAUUCCUUAACCCACUCACCAGCAACGGCUCCGUCAACGACCUUGUGGUCGAAGCUUGCAGUGAUAACGAUCUGGUCGUCCCAUUCUAAUGAAGUCCCCUCUUCGGUCUUAACUGGGACUGCAACCUUCUUGGUGGUACCGACGGCCAAGAUACCGGCUUGUGGUGGGUUGACAACGGCUGUGAAACGAUCGAUUGCAGAGUUCAUUCCCAUGUUGCUGAUAGUGAAAGUUCCUCCUUGGUAUUCCUCUGGCUUGAGCUUGCCAUCACGGGCACGCUUGCCGAGAUCCUUAACUUGUGCUGAGAUUGAUGAGAGGCCAAGAGCUUCGACAGACUUGACAAUUGGGGUCAUGAGUCCGACUGGGGUGGCAACCGCAACCUAUGAGGGUAGGUUAGGAAUUUGGAAAUUUAUGGGGCACGCCGGGAACUUACGGAGAUAUCGACAUUGUUGAAUUGUCGGAUGAAACCAUCUCUCCAACUAGAGUUGGCAGCUGGGACCUUCUUGCAAGCAACAGCGCAAGCCUUGAUCAAAAAGUCGUUGACUGAGAGCUUGUAUUGUCCAUCUGCGGAUGCAUUGAGGGCUUGUCUGAGCUUAAGAAGCUUAGACACAGAGAGGGUCGAUGCGACAAAGUAGUGGGGGUUCUGGUUCCAUGAUUCUGUAAGACGGUUGGCAAUCGUCUUUCGCAUCGAGGUAAUAGGAGUAUCGGUGUAUGAUGCCGCUGGUGCAGAGGAUGAAGCAGAGGUGCUCUGUCCAGAAGCAGCCUUCUUGACAUCGGCCUCUGUAAUUUGUCCACCAGUUCCAGUGCCCUUCAAUCCUGUAAUCUUAACGCCACUAUCAAUUGCAAGUCUAAUAGCUGCAGCGCUUGCAUUUGGCUGUCUUUCCAGAGCUGGUUGUAAUCUGCCACCACUUGAUUCUGUCUCUUCGGGAACUGGCGCAGGCUCGGAUUUUGGUGGGGCAGUACCAGAGCCGGUACCUGCUGGCUCGGAAGACUCGCUGGCCUCCUCCUUUGGUGGUGCUGGGGCAGAUUUCUCUCCUCCGGCAUCUUCGAGCGAAAAUGAGUCGAAAGCUGAAGCAUCCUCGCCCUCCUCGAUCAUGACUGCGAUUGGCUGUGCAAAAUUAGAAAGGCCAAUUGAACCCUCAACCUCAUGCUUAACAUACGUUACCGACAGCCACAUCCUUAGUUCCUGAAUCCUUCAAGAUCUUUGCGAGAACACCCUCCUCUUGAAACUCAAAGUCCAUCUGUGCCUUGUCCGUCUCAAUCUCAACCAACACGUCACCGGGAGAAAUCGUAUCUCCAACCUUCUUCUGCCACGAUCCGAUGUUGCCUGCUGUCAUGGUAGGAGACAGGGCUGGCAUGGUCACCACCGUAUGGGGAGGAAACGACUUUGCGGCAUAGCAUCGUGCGAAUUGGUAGGAGAUGGGAGUGGAUUGAAGGGCGCGCCUUCUCAACACGGCCGAGAACAUUUUCGGAAGGUUGAGGGAAAAAAGAAGGAUAAGAAAGCGAAAGAGCGUGAGGGGUCACCAGAGUUCCAGACAAUUGGAAAUGGUGGAGUCGCAAUGUCACAACACCGGGAUUGCGAAGAGGAGGAGAGAGGUGGGUGGUGAGAUGGAAAUGUAAGUAGUUUUUGGAAAUUGUCGGGAAGCUAAAAGUUCUAGCAAGCGCUGCGUUGAGCUUCGAAGCCCGACUAACGGUCAUUGGCCGGUUGGGAUGGAACAGGUGGUGGAUCUGCAGGUGCCAUCCGAUCCACGGCCCGUAUUGUUCCGUGAUCGGCGAUAAGGUACCUUGCUAUCGCGACGAACUUUUUUGGUGGAACAGGGCAGUAUCAGAUUCUUUGCGACAACACAGAUUUCGAAUAGCUUCAACAUCAUGGCGCCCACUGCUGAGCCCAAGAAAGAUCCUCGGGCCUGGGAUGCUCUGACCCCUCCGUUGGCAGAAUGGAUCAUCGACGCGAUUAAUGCCAUGGGAUUCGCGAGGAUGACUCCAGUUCAGGCCUCGACAAUUCCCCUCUUCAUGGGCAAUAAGGACGUCGUCGUUGAGGUAAUAUAUAUCGAACCCCAAUUGACGAAUCUACCGCUUACUGAUUGAGACAAGGCUGUUACUGGGAGUGGAAAGACGAUGGCAUUUCUAAUUCCCGUUGUGCAAAAGCUGUUGCGACUAGACGAACCCCUCAAAAAGCAUCACGUCGGCGCAAUCAUCGUCUCACCCACCCGAGAAUUGGCAACCCAGAUACACUCCGUACUCCUUUCCUUACUGGCCUUCCACGAGCCUUCGGCAGAGGCAUUGAAGCCAUUAGAAGAGGGAGCAAAGAGAAAGCUUCAUGGCCAUACUGUUGUCCCUCAACUACUCUUGGGCGGAACUACAACUCCAGCCCAAGAUCUUAGCAGAUUCCUCAAAAACAGCCCAAAUCUGUUGAUCUCUACACCUGGAAGAUUGCUAGAACUUCUCUCAUCACCCCACGUACACUGCCCUCAGUCGUCCUUUGAGGUUCUGGUUCUGGACGAAGCCGAUCGACUGUUAGAUUUGGGAUUCAAGGAUGAUUUACAAAAAAUACUUGGCAGGUUACCAAAGCAAAGGAGGACUGGGUUAUUUAGUGCCAGUGUUAGCGAGGCAGUUGGAGAGAUUAUUCGAGUUGGUUUAAGAAAUCCUGUGAAGAUUGCAGUCAAGGUCAAAAGUGCAAAUGGGGAAGACAAACGAACACCAGCAAGUCUACAGAUGACUUACUUAGUUACUCCAGCAAGCCAUAAAUUUCCAGCUCUGCUUUCUUUGCUCGAACAACUUACACCUACACCACAAAAGAGCAUCAUCUACCUCUCAACUUGCGCGGCAGUCGAUUACUUCCAAACUAUUCUGGGAGCGUUAUUACCAGAUAAAUUCUCACUGAUACCUUUACAUGGAAAGAAUCCUCCCAAUGUACGACAAAAGAAUUUUGCAAAAUAUAUCACCUGUGUUACACCCACAAUACUACUCACGACUGAUGUAGCAGCAAGAGGACUGGACAUCCCACAGGUGAAUCUUGUCGUUCAAAUCGAUCCUCCAUCAGAUCCGAAGGUGUUUCUUCACAGAUGUGGUCGAGCAGGUCGUGCAGGUCGUCGCGGACUUAGUGUCAUUUUCCUCCAACCAGGAACCGAGGAAGACUACGUCCAGUUCCUCGAAAUUCGUAAAACCCCCAUUGAACCUCUCACAAAACCAUCGAUUACUAUCGCGGAUGAUGAUGCAAAACUAAUCACAGCAAAAAUGCGCUCAGAAGUUCUAGCAGACCGAGCAUUAUACGACAAGGGCCAACGUGCAUUCGUGAGUUGGGUACAAGCCUACUCUAAACACCAAGCCAAUAGUAUCUUCCAAAUCUCAGAGCUCGAUUGGACAGAUCUAGGAAAUGCCUGGGGCCUAGUACGUCUUCCGAAAAUGCCAGAAUUAAAGAAAUGGGACGGAGAUAAGACUUUGGGAAUCAAACUUAACUUGUCUGAAUACGCAUACAAAGAUAAAAUCCGAGAAAAGGCAAGAAGAUUGGCGAUGGAAGAGGAAAAGGCAAAGGGACCAUUUGUACCUAGCGAGGAGAUGCUGAAAAAGAGGAAGGAGCGGGAAGCAUGGAGUCAAAAACACGAACAGCAAGAUCUCAAAGAGGAGAGGAGAGAAAAGAAGAGGAGGAAGAGAGAGGCGGAAAGAUUGGAGGCUAUGACUGAGGAGGAGAAGGUGAAGGAGAUGGAGUUGAGGAAGCUGAUUGAGCAGGUUAGGCAGAAGACUUUGGAGGAUUCGAAACAUGAGGAGUGGCAUGGGUUUGACGAGUAG